AUGGUCCCUCUCCCCCUCUUUAAGCUUGCAUCACUGCUUGUGAGACAUGUCUCCAAAUAUGGCGCGAACCAUAUAAAAGCUCAAGCUCACGAUCACCCUCGUUUUCGAGCAUUCGCCGCCCGAUAUGGACAAUACAUGCAUCAAUUGAACAUGCGGAUGUCGGUUGCGUUGUUACGAGACCCAGAAGCCGAGCGCAGAGCCAAGGAAAAGGCCGAAGCACCGACAGUCAAAACGGAAGAGCAGCAGAAACGCGAUGAUCAACUCAAGCAGAAGCCGGCCCCCGAAGCCCCCACGAGGAGCAUGGCUUUCCAGAAUAUCUGGCGGCGAAAAUUCAGAUCGCUCCCCGAGAACAAAGCAGUAGACUUGUUCGCCGACGUUAUCGGUGAUGCCUUUAUUCUUUCAGUGGCCAUUGCUCUUAUCGUCUACGAAACUUGGAGGACGUCGAAGAAGCCCGAUAUGAACAAACUUCGAAUAGAAGAGCUAGACCGAAAGUUAGAAGAUCUCAAGAAGAGGGAGGAGGAGUUAGAGGAGGCGGAAAAGAAGCAGAAAGAAAGAUACGAGAGUUUGGAAGAGGCUCUGCGUGAGCUAAAGGAUCCCAAGACUAAGCAGCCCUUACUCCCAACGUUGCAGGCAUCAUAA